AUGAACAAGCACGCCAGUCCUAUUCGGUCCCUGCUUAGCUGCACCGAUGUUGAAAUUGUCCGCACUAAUCUCGAAAUGGAAAAACAACGGAUGCCACAAACAACACUGCAAAAAUUUCUACGUUUUCUGGAUGUCCCACAUGACGACAAACCACUGUCUGCGCUGAGAAACCCAGAUCUGGAGCCCAUAGGGCUCUCCGAACGUGUGUGGGGAUUCUGGUCGUUUUUCGCCUACUGGGGGUUGCCCAAUUUUGCCGUGGCCACGUUCUCCACGGGAUCUGCCCUUCUGGCGCUGGACCUUAACAUCCAGCAAUCCAUCGGCGCCCUGACCAUUGCUAAUGUGCUGAUUGCCGUCUUCACCAUUCUCAAUUCUAACCCGGCUGUCAAGUAUCACCUCGGAUACACGCUGAGCCAGCGCAUGGUUUUUGGCAUUUACGGGUCCUAUCUAGGGAUCAUCAUUCGAGUAGGUAUUUCCGUUGUGUUCUACGGAUACCAGGCUUGGCUAGGUGGGCUGUGUUUCAACAUGGUCUUCGACUCGUUUUCCCACAACUACCUCCACAUGGCGAACACGUUUCCAGAGUCCGUUCCCAUGGCCAAAAAGGAUCUAAUCGGGUUCCUGUGUUUCCAGCUCGUUCAGAUGCCCUUUGCAUACGUUAGACCUAGUCGUGUGAAUGUGCCAUCAAUUGUUACCUGUUUGAUGACCUUGUUUGCCAUCAUUGGCAUGCUGGCCUACCUCAUGAACACCAACGGUGGGCCAGGUCCGCUCUACUACAAAAAAGUGAACCUGUCCGUAAGCCAGCGUUCAUGGGCGUGGCUUUACGCCAUGACUAUCUGGUACAGUGGGAUCUCUCCUGCUGUCGCUAACCAAUCCGAUUACUCCCGGUUCAGUUCGAACACUUGGCGUUGUUACGCAGGCUUGUUCAUUGGUAUCGUCCUGCCGGGCACUUUUGUGUCGCUCGCUGGUAUGCUGUGUGCUUCGGCGUGUAAAGGUCUCUAUGGCACAGCGUACUGGACUCCCAAUGAAAUCGUGGAAGAAUGGCUCUCUAACAGCUACUCCUCUAAAGGACGGGCUGCAGCUUUUUUCAUUGGCAUCAGUUUCACGGGAUCGCAGGUGUUUUUGAACCUAACACAAAACGGUUACCCCUGCGGGAUGGAUCUGGCGGGUAUUUUCCCACGUUACAUCAAUGUGACUCGCGGUACGCUGUUUGUGCAGCUAGUCUCUUGGGUUGUGCAGCCAUGGACAUUCUUCAACACUUCUUCUGCGUUCUUAAACGCCAUGAGCUCCUUCGGUAUUUUCGUGACGCCAAUUGUGACGCUGAAUGUCAUCGAAUUUUACUGGAUUCGCAGAUCCAAGAUUACACUUCUUGAUUUUUUUACGCUUUCUCCGAAGGGUGCGUACUGGUACGACCACGGAUUUAACUGGAAGUCGCUGUUGGUACUCAUUGUGGGCAUUGUGCUCGGAUUACCGGGUCUAGUCUACGAAACGCAGCCGGAAAUAAAGGUAAACACCGGCAUGAUGAACUACUAUUACGGUUACAUGUUCUUCAUUCCCGUGGUGACGGGUGUGCUGUAUUACGGUCUCACAAAGGCGUUCCCCAACCAUCACGAAAAACUGCGCCAGGAUGAUCCCGUGGAUUUCUUUAACUGUUUCUCAGACAAAGAGACGGCCGACAUGGGUAUGCUUCCCCACAGCAAAGCUAAUAUGUGCGAAGUCCUGGAUGCAGCAGAGCCUCAUAAUUAUGCGGACGAGAUUAUUCUUGGCGAGGGCAAGGAAGAAGUGUAA